AUGACUUUCAGGAUACUGUUACAUCAUUUUCCUGCUGAUGUUCAGGAAUUAUCAAUCUCAAUAACAACAACGAAAACACUUAGUGAUAUCAAAUUUGUGCGAAAUGAAUAUAAACCAUCUGGAGUUAAUCGAGCUGUGUUCACAGAUCAACAACAGUGGUAUCUUUAUGAACAUGUAGAAAUGGAAAUUACCGAACAAACAGAAGAAUUUUCAGAUGUUGAACAAGCACACCCUGUCAUUGUAGUGUCCUGUCAUGCUGGAAGAUGGGUUGUAAAUAAAUCACUGCCGACUAUCUCAUAUUUGACAGCAUUAGAUAUUUAUGCCAUUGGUUCAAUUGUAGCAUUGUGUGUACUAAAUAUUUAUCAUGGUGUCAUUGGCUAUCUUUAUAAUAUUGAGUUAUAUCCUGCAGUUCCGUCCAUGACAAACGUUGUAUCCACUGCUCCACAAUAUGUACUGAUUUUAAUCGAUCGUUAUGCGUUCGGAAUUUGUACUGGCUCAUUUUUCUUUUAUCAAUGUAUUAUACUUGUUUAUACAUUAUCACCAUCGUAUUGGAGGAGACAACAAAUGGAAAAAAGAGACAAAGAAAAUCGUAUCGAACUAACAACAAAAUUCAAAAAUGCGGCUCGAACGUUUAUUGAUGUAAAAAAAAAUUGA